CUUCCUGGGCAGCCUACGACUGAGGUCUCCUUUGGCCUGGGGGUGCGUGGAGAGGCGAUGGCAAGUGAGCCCCGAAAGCGGACCCGUGUCCCCUGCCGUCAAACCCGAGUCGCUGAUGGAGAGCGAGGCAGGGCACCUGGAGGUGCCCGAUUGGAGGUAUGACGUGGCUCAGGCCUUCCCUCCGACAGAAGAGGAGGUAAAAGUGGACUCACAUGCUUACAGCCACAGGUGGAGGAGGAGCUUGGAGGCUCUCAAGGCAGUGGAUACAAACCGAGCAAGCAUGGGCCAAGACGCCCCAGAUCCCAGGGGCUUCACUGACCUGGUGCUGGAUGACGGGCAGGACAACACCACCCAGAUCGAGGAGGAUACAGACCAUAAUUAUUACAUAUCUCGGAUAUAUGGUCCAUCUGAUACUGCCAGCCGGGAUUUGUGGGUGAACAUUGACCAAAUGGAGAAAGACAAAGUGAAGAUUCACGGAAUAUUGUCCAAUACUCAUCGGCAAGCUGCAAGAGUGAAUCUGUCCUUCGAUUUUCCAUUUUAUGGCCAUUUCCUCCGUGAAAUCACUGUGGCUACUGGGGGUUUCAUAUACACUGGAGAAGUUGUACAUCGAAUGCUCACGGCCACACAGUACAUUGCACCUUUAAUGGCAAAUUUUGAUCCCAGCGUAUCCAGAAAUUCAACAGUCAGAUAUUUUGAUAACGGGACAGCACUAGUUGUCCAGUGGGACCAUGUGCAUCUUCAGGAUAACUACAACCUGGGAAGCUUUACAUUCCAAGCGACUCUUCUGAUAGAUGGACGCAUCAUCUUUGGAUACAAAGAAAUUCCUGUCUUGGUCACAGAGAUAAGUUCCACCAAUCAUCCAGUGAAAGUGGGGCUGUCUGAUGCAUUUGUCGUUGUCCACAGGAUCCAACAAAUUCCCAAUGUUCGAAGAAGAACAAUUUAUGAGUACCACCGAGUAGAGCUACAGAUGUCAAAAAUUACCAACAUUUCAGCUGUGGAGAUGACCCCAUUACCUACAUGUCUCCAGUUCAACAGUUGUGGCCCCUGUGUCUCCUCUCAGAUUGGCUUCAACUGCAGUUGGUGUAGUAAACUUCAAAGAUGUUCCAGUGGAUUUGAUCGCCAUCGGCAGGAUUGGGUGGACAGUGGAUGCCCUGAAGAGUCAAAAGAGAAGAUGUGUGAGAAUGCAGAAUCCACGGAGUCGUCUUCUCAGACCACCACCACCGUCCAUGCGACAACCACACAAUUCAGGGUCUUAACCACCACCAGAAAAGCAGCGACCUCACAGCUGCCCACCAGCCUGCCCACAGAAGAUGACACCAAGAUAGCGCUACAUCUAAAAGAUAAUGGAGCCUCAACAGAUGACAGUGCAGCUGAGAAGAAAGGGGGGACCCUCCACGCCGGCCUCAUCGUUGGGAUCCUCAUCCUGGUCCUCAUUAUAGCAGCAGCCGUCCUGGUGACCGUUUACAUGUACCACCAUCCGACGUCAGCAGCCAGCAUCUUCUUCAUUGAGAGGCGCCCGAGCAGAUGGCCUGCAAUGAAGUUUCGAAGAGGUUCUGGACACCCUGCCUAUGCUGAAGUUGAACCGGUUGGAGAAAAAGAAGGUUUUAUUGUAUCAGAGCAGUGCUAAAAUUUCUAGGACAGAGAGCACCAGUACUGGCUUACAGGUGUUAAGACUAAAAUUUUGCCUAUAUCUUUCACACACACACACACACACACACACACACACGCACAGAGCCCCCAAGCUGCUGUAGCCUGAAGAAGACAAGAUUUCUGGACAAGCCCAGCCCAAGAAAGAAGGGUAAAGGAAAAACUAAAACUUAUGUCAGAUGCCAUUUAGCCGGAACAUCAAAAUCCCUAGCGGAAUGGUGUCUGUGGUUCACUCAGAACAUCUCCUGUGGACUUACCAGAAGUGUGACAACAUUGCAGUGCUUUUUGGCUUAGGUGCAGGGUUGAAAAGGGAUCGAGAAAAAAUAUAAUAAUAAAGCUUUAGUUCACAAGGGAUCUACAACUCUGGUUCAAAUGUUCUUAUCUGAUGUCUCAAAGAUAUCUAUGUUCCCACGCCAGAAUCCUUCUACUCAAAAGAGCAGGCAUGACUGUUUCCUGUGUCCCGAGAACCGUAGCUCACAUGGAGGCAAAACCAAACACGAACUGAGAAAUUGUCUAUCUUAUCCAAAGAGAUGUGUGGCAAAAGGAUUUUGUUUUUCUGCUCUAGAUGCACCUAUCCCGACAAGUUCAUACUUAAUGGGACAGAUCUUUCAUCUGCACAGGAAGUUCGAACUGUGCCCGCCUCUCCCUUUGCUAUGAGUGGGGACAACAUUUCCUAACUUUUACCUAAGGAUUGGGAAGGAAGGGUCAGUAAAUGAGGCUCUUCCAUUCCCCGGCCUCAGAAUGAAGCCUGUGUGUGGGUUUAAGAAGCCUUGCUUCUAUUUCCCACCUGGGAAGUCCCAGGAAGCCGCAGCUGCUCUUGGCUGAUGGAAACAAAAGGAGAUGAUACAAAGAAACCCUUGAUCACUUUUUCUGAGUCAAAAUGAUAAGGGAUUUUAAACAUACGGGGUUUUUCAAUGUCUUGCCAUUUCAACACGAAAAGCCCAUUUCUUUGUCAGUUCCUGCACAUCCCUGGUGAUAAGAGUGAAAGAACCAUGCUGAGUCAUACAGUAAUUUUCUUUAAAGCACAUAGUAGUUACGUAAAUCUCUCUAUAUAUAAAUAUAUUUUUGUUUAUGACUAACACAAGGCAGGCUCUUGUGAUUCUAAGAGUGCAUUUUGUUGUCGAGACAAAACAAAUGCAAGAAAGAUGCAUCGCUGCAUUACUUCCACAGAGUUGUAAAAUAAUCCUUAAUAUUAGAAUAUUUUUAUGUCACAUGGCACAAAUGGUUCAGUUCAUUGCCCGUCACUUUCCUGCCUGUUGGAUCCACUCCUCACUCUCGUCAACCCCUUCCCUCCCUGCCUACAGUCCCUUAGAUGGAGCUGCCAUUUGCCUUGCAGUCACAAUCCAGAUUUGGGAAAGGCCCCCCCGUUAGUGAAGAAAGGAAAGGCCUUGUUUGAGGAGGAAAGGAGUUAAUAUGUGUACUGAGCUAACAUUUCGAUUCUGGGACUAUGUGUACAAUUUCAUCAACAACUUGGCCCAGGGUACUUUUCCGUUCUGUGCCACACUGGCUCUCAUAAGGUACGGGGUUCAACAUUUGCAGAUUCAGGUCUGAAAACACAGUCACGUCUCCAAAGUAGCCCUUUACUAACCACUGGCUUGGCGUCCGCCCACACGGUCUGCAUCGGACGGCGGUGAUCCGCCAACAGCGCCACACUCGCCCAUCGUGGUCGUCUCAAAAAGACAACACCUGUUUUCUGUCGAUAUAUUUUGUUUUACAUCUUCAUGCAUCUGAUGAGAGUGGUAACUUUCCUACACUGCUUAGUUAAUAAUGGCAAAAAGAAAAUUGAAAAGCAACGUGAUCUUAGGAUGUGACGACAAUCUCCCUGCCACAGCUACAUGCAGUUUCUAUGAAGUAUUCCAACUUAUUCUUUGGAGUAGGUUUGGUAAGAGCAAUAACCAAAUGACUGCCAAUGUUCCUGGUGCAACUGGUAUUCUGAGCACAUGUGAGGAACAUACGGACGACUUCCUCUUGGGAUAAGAGGCUGCUGCUUUCCUAAGCUUCUGUGGUUAGAUGUGCCUGCCAACAGCAGUUAAGGGCAGUCAUAUAAAUGUCUUGCAUCUAUGUCUGACUCCUUUCAUAUUUCAAGUAGUAAUGUUAUCUUUACACCCUUCAGAGCUUAUCUUUCAUGUUAAAUUGGAAAGAACUGAUAAUUCUGCUCAAUAAAUAAAAUUCGGAAUUGUUCAGUGAACCAAAGCACCGAUUAACAGGAAGAAUGAGAAGUGAAAAGGCUCAAGUGUGUGGGGAAACUUUCUAGGAGAACUAAAAGCUAAAGGCAGCAGGAAGUCUCUUGCUGUAUUUGAGUCCUCAAGUGGCAAGGGAAAUAGUGGCUCAGUCCCUUUCGCUCCUGAGACUGUCACUCUGUUCUUCAUGCUAUUUUGUCAUUCUCGUUUGUUCUUGGUGCUCAUUCGCUACAAAGGAAGGAUAAACAUGGUUUCUGGAAAUUUUAUAAUGGAUAGCAUAGCUAUGAAUGCACACAUUACUCAUCAUGCUAUGAACAUAGAGAAGUAACAAUUUAAAAUAACAACAAAGGGACACAGAGCAAACUUUGGGAGAAAUCAAGUCAAUGGUGCUGUAUAGGAAUAUAGUUGUCAUCCUCAUUUGUACAAGUAAAAAUGAUUAAAGUUACUCAAAAUCAAGAAAAGUAUCAGAAGCUAGAUGACAUUUAUCAUAAAAUUUGUUUGUGAUGAAGGCUUCGGACCUCGGGAAUAUACUAACAAAUAGAAAAAUAAAUAGUAAAGUACCAUCGACCACAGUUAUUACUUUGGUUGGAGAUACCCAGGACAGGUCUCCUCCUCUCACGUGUAUUUUCUAGAGCUGUGUCAUCCAAUAUUGCACUCAUUGGCCACAUCUACCUAGUAUUAUUGAAAUUACUUUAAAUGAAAUACUAUUUACUAUUCAGUCUUUCAGUCAUACUAGCCACAUUUCAAGUAACCAGUGCCUACCACGUUGGUUGAACAACACAAGACUCUUCUGUCAAUGCAAACAAUUCCUUUGGAAUGUACUAUGAAGACGUUUCCUUUAAUUCUUUGUCCUAGAGGAAAAAGUAUGAGUAAGAGGAGAGAGAGAAAAUUCGGUAGCUCUUACACAUGUCCAAGCAUUUGUUUGUCUGAGGCACUACCUAUAGUGUAAUGAAAAGAAUAUGAGCCGACACGGUUUUGUAUCUCCACUAUGUUAGCUUGGAAAAAAUCACUGCAGCCUCCCUGAGUCUCAAUUUGCAAUUUUGGAAAAUAAAAAUAUUUUUGUCCCAUUUUCCUCGCAAGAUUACUGUGCAGACUGAUCAAAUGUAUAGUUGGACAGUCUUUUGAGACCUCACGUGAAUGUAAUCACAUAAGCUCAUCGGUUGGCCCAGCCCAGUGCACCUUUGCGAUCAAAAGAAGAAUCUUCCAUAGAGCAAACAAGCAAAGACAGCUCAAUACAUUUCUUCUGAAAGUGUCAAAGAAGAGUUCAUUCAGACAAAGACACAGGAGAAUUGCUUUGCUUCCUUUUUGCCUGUCUACAUAGUUCUUCUAAUAUUACACCAGAAGUAAAAUAUCCCUAGUGUCUGCACUGCCUAUAAAACAAGUUUUGCUAACAUUCAUGCCUUGUUUUAAGACAUUUUAGUUCUAUGGGAAGAAAUUACAAAGACUAUCUGAAAAAAUAGAUCCCAUGGCUAUGUUUUCUUUGUCCUGUGAAAGAUUCUUUUGCUUUGUAUUUCUUCAAGAAUUUUCCUCUGGAAGAACAUCACAGUGCAGUCCCUAAUUCCAGAAGAGUUCUCUUGCUUUCACUUUGCUCUUAUCUCUCUCAGUUUUAUCAUAGCAUUUAGAUACCAUAACCAUAAGAAGGCAUUCCACCCAACCUGUGCAUUCCACAGAUAAAACCAAGGCUUGAAGACAGAUAGUAGUUCCCUGGUCAUUUUUAUCUCAGCUUUUAUUGCCUACAUCAUUUCACCAGCCAUUAAGACCAGCCAACACAGUCCAUCUCGGAGCUAACUCUGUUUGUUCUGUGGAUCAUCUGCUCUGUCUGUUCCAGGGAACUGUCGUAUUGCACUCUGAAGAACACUGCUAGCCCUACAACCACCAGUAAAUUUAAGUUCUAGCUCUUGGCAAACCUUUACUUGCUGUUCCACAUUCCCUCUCUUACCUCCCCAUCUCUAGCCAUCCGAGUUUGCACCACUGUUUAUCUUUGCCAUUUAAAACGUACCCUUGUCUCAUUUCUUCUUAAAUGUGCUGGAAAAGUAAUUUGCUCAUGUAAUCACAGUUUUGCUUAGUUCUUCAACCACUGGGACAUUAGUGCCCUAAGAAGUUCUUGAGAUCAGUUAUUGGGAGGUCAGUGGUAUCACGGUAUAGUGACAUGACCUUGUGUUUGUAAAGCACUUUACAUUUUACAGAGCACUUUGAUAUGUCCUCUUGUCUAGUCAUUCAGUGACUCACUACACGUAACUAUUCACCAAGCACCUGCUAGCGCCGAGUUACUGGGCUGCAUCUUGUAUUCGGUGACAGUUACAAAUAGCAAGAGUUUAGAUGUGUAAACUGAUCAUUACAGCACAGUGAAGUUUGUCCAACACAAACUCACAAGUACAAAGGAGCUGUAUUACUCUAAAUAUCCUACUUUACUUAGAAAACUCAGUUUUCCUGAAGAAUGUUUAGGAAAGAUCUUAAGCCCCAGCUCUUUGCUCUAUUUCACAUGAUCUGCUGAUUUCAAGUAUAAGAGGGGAAAAAAAUGUUACUUGAAGGUACUCCUGAUGCAGAAAACUUUCCGGUUCACUUGCAUUCUUUCUAAGCAGAUGCAGUAGCCAAGGUCUGACUCUCCUGCACCAGUAUUUGUUCUGUGGCUUUUGCAUUAUAAGCCUCAUUGCUUCCCUCAGAAGCACCAAUGUUAUCAUCACAGAAGCAUUUGCACUUUAGGUGUGUGUGGUUACCACUUCACUGCUCAGACCAUCUCUCAGGUUUUCUCAGACUCAGUACUGUUGACGCUGUAGGCCUGAUAAUUCUUGGUUUGGUGUGGGGGAAGAAGCUCUCUAAAUUGUAGAGUAUUUGGUAGCUUUGAUGGCUUUCAUUGGCUGGACAAUAGCACACAUAGUCACUCCUGUUAUGACGGCUGAAGAUGUUUUCAGAUGCUGUCAGUGUCCCUCGAAUUGAAAGGAUAGGAGAGGUUGACCAAACCUAGCCCUGGUUAAAACCACUAUACCAAAAAGAACCAAAAGACUUUUUCAUUGUGUUGUCAUUUAAUCUUCGUUAUAGGUAGGUUUUGAUAAUAUAACUUGGAAUCAUAAACUCUUGGAGUUAUUAGGAGAGACUGCAAAAGCCACACACAAAACCACAGCCCCAAAUCAUCCCUAUCUAUUUGUCUAUUUCUCCAUCCUCCACAUUUAUUGAGAGGGAGGUGGAAGACUGAUUAUCUCUAGAAACUUAGGAAUUGGCUUCUGCAUAGCUAGGGAUGAGGCCCCUCGGUAAUUGUGCUUUGCUACUGCGAUCACCAAGGCAGUGGCUUCCACACUCAGUGCAGGAAUGGGAUGCUGAAGUCACACGGCUUCUGCAUCUCACAUCUGCUUUGAUGAGUUACUUUUAUCAUCACACACAUUACACAAAUUUUGCUCCUUAAUCUUUGCCUCGGUGUGCAUGGAAGUUGAAGUUAAUUUUAAGUCUACCUGGAUGCUGUAUUUCUAUUUUUAAUUCUGGAACAUUUUCUUAUUUCCAUCAUCAGAAUAUUCUCCUUUAUUAUCCAGUCAGCUAUGGGCCUAAAGCGGGGAUGGAUAGAUAGAUAGAUAGAUAUCUAAAACAUUGUUUUUCUGGGGGAAAAAAAAACCUUGACUAUCCCAAGUAAUUGAAAAUUGUAAUGCAGAGUUGGAAUACAUAAAAUCUACCAAGACGAAGUUCAUUCUUAUUUGGUAUAUCUUAGGUCAGUCUUCUUGUAGGGCUGGUGACUUCGUACGGACAGCUCUGAACCCAGUCAGUUUGUACCUGUGUCUGUUUUUGCACUGAUCAAAAAACUUGAAGUUCAUCAAAGACAACCCUUU